AUGUUCAAGGCCCUAAUGGGCGGGGGCCGCUCGUCUUCAUCCGACGUUCGCAGCUCCAAGAGCAGCCGGCGCAAAUCCGAAAAACCCGACAAAUCCGACACAAGAUCGAUCUCAAGUCGCAAGUCCUCACGGGGUGACGACCGUGACCGCGGCCUGGGUGACUUGUCGUCUUAUUCGCCAUCGGCUUCGCGCAGUAAGCGUGGCCCACCUAGUAUCGCGGGCGACUCCAUCGCAUCAACCUAUGUGACCGCUGAGCCAGAAGCCAUUGAUGAGUCCGAUCGCUACUACAUUGAACGCGCAUUAAAACGCAGAGACAGUGAACGGGAAAGCAAGAGUUAUCGUCGGCGCGACCAGGACCGAUCUGAGAGUCCAGAGCGUGAGAAGAGAAGGAGCCGCCGAGGAACACAAGAUACUCUGGACGAUGAAUUGGAUCGGGAGCGCGAGCGUCGCGAGCGUCCUCGUACCCAGCCAGGGGAUCCGUAUGUGCCCCCGAUCUCCACAAACAUGCCGCCCAGCGCCCCCGGCGGGCAGUUUGCCGCCGAGAUUGGUGCCCCGGGAUUUUCGCAAUUCCCCAUGCAAUACGACACUGGGAUGCCAUCCGCAGGUUACUCGCCAGCGCAUGAAGUUUCAUAUGACCCGCACGUGCAGCACCAAUUUCCCGGCCAGUUUCCAGAGCAAAGUACUGCACCGUAUCCGCCGCCUAACCCCGCUGGCGCUGCAGCGGACUACUAUGGUGAUCAAGGCCAGUCUGUUGAGCACCAGCCCGGCGUUCGACCGGCUCCCCCAAGUGUGCUUCCUAACACUCAAGCGCACUUGAUGGCAGCAUCUCCAUCGGCUAACCCACCCCCAGAGCCCAGUAGCCUGGGAGAGACUGGUGCGGCGGCGACCUAUUUCGACGAUAGCUUCCAUGCUCCAGCACAGCAAGGCCAGCCGCCGGUUGUGUCUUCAUCUAGACCCCCGAAACCAUCCAAGCCUUCGAGUCCCCCGAAGCCUUCAUCAUCGGGCGUUCUUCCUGCUGCCGCUAUUGGAGCUGCGGCUUAUGGCAUUGGUGGUAUGAUGUCUCAUUCUGAGUCGCAUUCCGCCGCGCAGCACACUACUUUGUACACUCAGCAGGGCCAGCCAGCGGUACACGGCCAGCCAAUGGUACACAACCAGUCAAUGGGAUACGAUCAGCCAAUGGCAAGCAGCAGCCACCAGCCUCCCUCCAAGCCAACCCACUCUCAUAGCUUCAGUGAAGGGGUCGGUAUUGCGGCUGCAGGUGCUGCAACAGGGUACAUGAUGGGUCAUCACCAUCACUCCUCCAGCCCCGAGCACGCACCACAAUACGCUUUCCAGCACGGGCAAUCUUCUCAAGUUGGUGGUAUGUUACCGUAUGCCCCUGGGCACAAUAAUGCUUUGUAUGCUGGAGGCGCAGGAGGGUACGCUGCCCAGGCUACCUACAACCCAGGCUUCUAUCCUCAUGGACCCAGCUCGCUAGCUUUCCAAGAGCGUCAGCGUGGCGCCAUGGGAAGAUUCGUUGAUUUCUGGCGUGACCCCGAGGCCGUUGGAAGAUUCGAGGACUAUACAGAAAGUAUCGGUGUGUGCAAAUACUGUUUCCAACCUGGCACGAGCUCCGUCGAUGCCCCUCGCAAGCACCAUUAUAAUAGCCGCCGCCGACACUCCGACGAUCGGCGGAGCAGUGGUAGCUCCAGAGUCAGCAAAAUUAGCCGAUAUAAUUCCUCUGAAGAUGAGAGCCGCCGACGGUCAAAGUCUAAGAAAUCUUCCUCGUGGCUGCCAGGCAUGCUGGCCGGUUAUGCGACCAAGUCGCUCUUCUCGAGCAAGGAGUUUGACGAUUCUUACAGCCUUCGCUCAGGCCGAGUAGCCUCCUCCCAUGGGGAAGAAGAUGACCGAAGGAGCCAUACCUCUCGUGGUGUGACCCGUCGUUCUGGCCGCAGUCCUCACAGAGAACAUUACGUAGACUCCAAGCAUGCGUCGCAUUCUGGACAUUCUCGGUACACACGCUCCAGAUCGCGGUCUUCCUCUCGAUCUGGCCGGCAUUCCUAUUUGAAGGAGGCCGCACUCGGUGCCGCAGUGGGCGGGGCUGCGCUGGCUGUUUCAAAAUCGCGUAACCGCUCCCGAAGUCGUUCUCCUGGAAGACGACAGAGCCGAAAGGACUCGUCCUCAUCAUCGUCCUUUGUCCAUCAUGCUAAGCCCGGCAAGAAGUCCAUCGCUGGUGGUAUCGGGUCUUUCUUUACUGCUUCUUCUGAGAACAGGAAGAAACGUCACACCAAGAAGCGGAGCGGUUUCUUCUCUUUCAAGAGUGGCUCUUCAUCCUCUUCAUUGGAUAAUGACCUUGCUUUUGGAGAUGGAUUUUCGAAGAAGUCCUCCAAGCUUAAGAAGAAGGGCAAGAAGGGUAAAGAUGUCGAUACCGCUUUGCAAGAACUCAGCGACACCGCAACCCGGUUGGCUGGCUCCUCGCCCCACGGUCCCGGCCGCACUUCAGGCCAGAUGUACACAGCUCGAUCUCGACAGUCCAAAUACGCCCACUCUACCACACAGGACGAAGAAUGGGUCGAUGCCGAGUCGGACGACCAGUCUUCUUCAAGUAUUAGCUCUGCGCUCGCCUUCGGAGGAAGCAGCGCUGAGUCCUCCUCUGACUCUGCUAGCAGCAAAUGGGGCUGGAGAUGGGGAAGCAAGAAGGACAAGAAGAAGGACAAGCGGUCGAGUGCCACGAAUGCCGCUCUGGUAGCUGGCGCUGGCGCUAUUGGAGCCGCUGCAAUUUCUUCCGCUCGUCACCGUGAUAGUGAGCCCCCGAGUAGAUCUGGGAGCUUGCAACAUGUUUACCCAAUGCCUACGUCUGACCCCUCUCGCUUUGAUGUUGCGAAGAUGUCCCCAUCGGUUUCUGCCGGGGAACCAACUCUCAUCCGGCCGGGACCCAUUCCCCUUCAGCAGCCUCAGCCCUUUACCCCUGUCUCUCAAUCAGUGUAUACUACCCAGGGAGCUGUGCCAGUAUCGAUCCCUGUAUACAGUGCCCCAGCAGUCCCAGUAGCCCCACCAUUUUUCGCCAAUGGGGUUGACCACUACGGCUCGCAGUUCCGAGGCCCUCGGGAUCCAGCAUGGGCACCAGAAGAGCCACCAUACGUUGACCGCCGGAGACCUCAUCGCAGUGAUUCCUCUCCUGUUUUCCCCACCCAGGAAACUGCUUCCAGCCUCAAGCGCCGGUUCACUGCUAAGGAUCAAGCCUCCGUGCAAUUCAACUUGACAGAAGAGCAAGCAGAGAGGGAACGCCAUCUUACCCGUCGUGACAAGAACUCCCGGGGUGAAGUUGCUGAUCAACCAGUUCAACUCAUUGACCGAGAGGAAGAGCUAGCCCGCAAGGAAACCGAGCGCCAAGAGCGCCGCCGAAGGGAGCGAGAGGAUGAAGAGCGCCGGUAUGCUGAUGACAAAGGAAAGGACUCAUCCUGGGUUGGUGCAGUGGCUGCCGGAGCUGUUGGCGCGGCUGCUGCCAGCACUAUUCUCUCUCGCAAGACAGAUGACGAUGAAGCCUCUGAAGCCAGUCAGCGGUACAAUGAGCGCCGAGAGAAGCGCCGCGCUGAGCGGAAGCGCGAUAUGGAUACGGUGUCAGAUACUUCCGUCGUGUCGCGCUUCGAUGAAAAGGUGACUACGGUGGAACCUCGCGAAGACCAGAAGAAAUGUUCUCCUCGCUCUCCCCGUCAAGCACCUGUUUACGACGAUUACGCAGAAUUUUACGCCCCGGAAGAGAUACGACACAGCGCAGAUGACCAUGCUCGCAGCGGCGACUCCACUAAUAUGCCCACAAUUGUGGAGAUAGAGCCGGCCAGCGAACGUGCACAUGAGGAGCCUGCGCCUGCAGAGCUAGAUUAUUCAUAUGAACCCUAUCAACACGUGGAUCGGCUCCCAUGGCCAGUCCCUGGGCUUAACUUCAUUGAGCCGACCCCUCCCCAGAGCGUGCACGGUGGCUCCGUACGCGACGCUACCUCCCCAACCGCCCCUGUAACUAAAUCUUAUGAUACCAAGCCUCGCGAACGACCGCCCGGCUCUCGGGUCUCCUGGGGUGAACAUGAAACUCAUGAAUACGAGAUCCCCUCUUCUUCUGAACAGGAUCCUCUUGAGAAUGACAUUUCCCCUACCGAAAUUUCAGCCAAGGAUGUUCCUCUCCCGGCAUCCGAGAUAUCCCAAAUCAAGGAUAUCCCCAGCAAACCGGAGUACGGCGCCGACAUUGAAUUCGCUGCCACAAUCGCUGCUGCGACUGCCGCAGCCGGGUUCGAUCCCACUCUGGUCACAAACGACCCAUCUUACCACACCCGCACUUCCCCUCCUGGGUCGGAGGAUGAACACACGUUUACCUCGCCCUGGUCUGCGUCGGCUCGGAAGGAGCCCCACGGCUUCGUGGAAGGCGAGCUUGAAGAAAUUGACCCCAAGUCUACUAAGGAUAUCCCUUCCGCUCCCGAGCACGCGGUCCAUAACAAGGAUGAGCUUUUCUUCGACGAGCCGGAAUUCUUCUCAACAGAUCGGGACAUUUUGUCGGGACGCCGUGACAAAUCCUCGAUCGCCCAGGAGGUAAUCGAGCAGCUGAAUGGCAAAUAUGGCAAGCGCGACCGUACCGCUUCACCCGAAAAAGACGUAGAUGUCUUCUCGAUGCCUGGUGGCUUUGACACAGCCGACUCCAGAGAGUUAGUUGACAAUAGAUCCGCGGUCUCGGCGCCGGCGCCUGUUGCUAUGGACCCAGAGACCCCGACCAAGUCCAUGUCUAAGAAGUCGAGGCGGAGUGGGGAUUUCUUCGAUCUCCCCGAGUUCCAAGAGCGCGAACAGGUGGAGUCUGUUGUUUUGAAGGAUGAGCCAUCGAAGUCCCGCAAAUCCCGGCGCAGCGGCGACGACUUUGAGAUUUACGAGUCACCGGAGGCAUCUCCAUCCCCGGAUGACUCUUAUUCGGUUGUCUCUGCUCCUGUCUCAAAGGAUGAAAAAUCCAAAUCAAAGUCCAGGAAGUCCACGAGCAGUGGUGAUGACUUCGGCAUUGCUGACUACCCGGAUUCAGUGGUUCCUGAGUCUCGUGAUGAUUCAUUCUCUGUUAUCUCUGCUCCUGUUUCGAAAGACGAGACAUCCAAGCCCAAGUCCCGCAAAUCUCGACGGAGCGGCGACGACUUCGAGAUCUACGAGUCGCGCGAACCAUCUGAAUCUCGGGAUGACAUGCGCUCGGUUACCUCUACUCCUGCUGGCUACGAGUACGAGUCGUCCAAGUCAGGAAAAUCCGGACGCGGUGGGAAUGACUACGAUAUUCCCAGAUCGCGAGACAUCUCCGAGUCUCUUGACGAUAACCGGUCUGUCUUCUCUGCACCUGUGUCCAAAGAUGAAACCAGUAAAUCUCGCCGGUCUCGACGUAGCGGAGAUGACUUUGAUAUCUCAAGAUCGCGGGAUGUGUCUGAGUCUCGUGAUGAACCUCGCUCUGUCGUCUCUGAACCAGCCAACUAUCGAAAGUCUCGUCGCAGCGGCGAUGAUUUCGACCCCCGCCGUGAUGCCGAAGCUGUUCCUGACGACGAGGAAGGUGGCGAGGAGAAGAAGAGACGCCGCAAGCGUCGAUCCAAGCAUGAGAAUGACCCCUUCUCUGUUGAUGAUGAUGCCCGCUCUGCUAUUACAGACAUUGGAGACGACAAGUCUGAGCGCCGCAAGCAUCGGCACCGCUCAUCCCGGGAAGCUGACUUUGAUGACAAUGCGUCUAUAACCUCUUCUCCAGCUCGGAUUGACGAAUCCCGGGAGAAGCGCCGAGGCAAGGAUGAAAAAGAAAAGAGCGGUGGCUUUUUGAGAAGCAUUUUCGGCUCGCAGGUAUCGGCCCCAGCUGAGCGUGUUCGGCCCGACCAUUCUCGCUCUUCCUCGCUGGACAAGCGAUCAUCCCGCGAGGCCAUAUCUGAAGCUGGUGUUGAGGAUGAACGCCGUCGCCAUAAGAAGCGUUCUUCUAAGCACCGCAGCUCCAGCAAUGGAGAUGAAUUGGAUCGCUACAUGUCGGACAAGGAGAAGAGUCAGGAUGACCCAAACCUGGAGGAGUACAGGUCCAGUAGGCAACAAAAGGAAGAGCGGCGUCGUCAUCGGUACGAGGAAAUCGUGGAUUCAGGAAGGAAACGGGAAUCUGAGAAGGACUAUAGUGCCAACUUCGACGAGGAAUCUUUUUUAAGGGAGCGCCCUGAAAUUCUAGCAGAGCGCGAAGAUUAUGCUUCGUGGCUUCCAGCAUCAGCGGAUAGCGCAGCUGUACUCGCUGCAACAUCAGGACUGAAUGAGAUCUCGCAGAGGCCCCGGAGCCACUCAGCCUCUCCCCCAGUCACAGAGAAGACACUUGACUUGACCCCAAAGUCUUUGAGCCGCCCCGCUUCACCUGAAACAAGCCACCCACAUGGGUCCCGAUCCCCCAAGCAACGCCGACACUCCGUGGCUAAGUCCACCAUAGAAUCACCCACAGCCGUGCCUCUCCACUUCCGCCGACCCCCAACCUCCCCAAGCCUAGCGCGCGCAGUCCCCGAUGAACAAUCCGCCCCUGUCGCCUCCCCCGGCUCCCCAAGCCAGCAACGCAACCGCCGGUCAUCCGAGUUCCGAAACUCGCGCGAGAUUCGCCCUCUAUGGCUUGUCGAGCGCCAUGGUCUGACCAAGGGCGAACCCGAGGCUGAGGAUCCCUUACCAUCGCUCCCAUCCAGCAAGAACUCCUCUCGCGUCCCGUCAGUAGAGGACCUAAAAUCCCUCCGCGACGACGACGGCCUUAAGACCUGGGAGCAUGUAGAUCUGAGCCACUCAAUUAUGGAAAACCAGAGGCCGACCGGUCUGACGAUUUUCACUGACCAUGCAAACGAAAGCCAUGAUAGAGACCUUGAUCUCCUCGGCUCGCAGCACCCCACGCCUACCGCUGACCACUUCCAAGACGCAGAGUCCAGGAAGGAGAGGCCCAGGUAUGAAUUCCACUCUCCUUCUGAGCUCCUGCGGGACCCCGCUGUUCUAGACGAGUUGCCUCCUUCGCCUACGCUGGACGCUCUGCCUUCUGCAGAGGGCUCCAUGGUUGGCGUUGGCUCCAGGGAGCAAGAAACGCAACGUGCUCUUGACGCUCUCGAGGGCGUGUCCCGCCCUCAGCACGAGCCGGACACUCCGACUCAAGAGAAGAAUUUGUUCUUCAGCGGCGCUGCGGACUUUGCCAAUGUUGUCGGUGCAGCUGCCAUUGCUGCCACCAGGGAGCAUGAUGAGUCACGCUCCUUGGCUGCAGAUGAAUCUGCCAAGACCCACGGCUUCAGCGAUGUUGUUAAUGCAGCGAUCGCUGGUGAUCGUUCCCCUCACGACUAUGACAAGGCACCUGUCGAUGAGGAGGCGCCUAGUGAGCCCAUUACUGCCAUCGAAGAGAACGUUCCCGCUGCACUUGAGUUUGCGCACCCAGAGACGGAUGCAGCCAGGGAAUUUGUUCCUGAAUUGACUGAACAGCCUGUUGAGUCUUCUGAUAUCCACACUCAGCUCAAGACAGACGUCGGUGCCGAUGAGGGCGCGGCUACCCAGUCUUCUAAGAAGAAGACCAAGAAGAAGAAGGGCAAGAAAAACCAGGCCCAAAAUGCGGAGCUCGAAGCCUCCGAGGAGCCGCUCGCGCAGGAAGAUUUAUCCAAGGAGCUGGUACAGGACCCUGCUGUUGACGCGCCUGUGGUCGAAGCUGUUUCUGCCCAGACCAAGGUUGCUGUUCCCAGGCAAUCUCAACCCGAGUCUUUUGAAAGAUCCCGCGAGCUUGAACUUGAGCAUGUGGUAGAAGCUGCUGCUGUUGACCCCGCACCUAUCGAGAGCGCCCCAGGUGAGCCCGAGGUUGUUAUUCCUGAGCAAUCUGAGUUUGAGCUUGAGCCUUUGGUUGCAGCAACUCAAGAACCAGACGUUGCCACUGCUCCUGACUCCGAACCUACUCAGGUUACGCCUAUCGACACACAACAGGUGGAGGACACUGCAUCAUCGGCUAAAAAGGCCAGGCGCGACAGGAAGAAGCAGAAGAGGCAAUCUAAAAAUGCAUCUACUGUUGAAGAGCCUGCAGAUGAUACUUCUGCCUCCAAGGACAUUGUGGGCCAGCAUGAAGACAAAGUACCUGUGCCUACUGAAGAGAUUAUGGCUGCAUCCUUGCCCGAUGAUAUUGCCAUUUCUACUGAACUUGCUGAGAGCACCCCUGACCAGACCGCGACCCCAUUAGCUGUCACUGAUGCCGAGCAACCUCCAAACCAACAGGAACCCGAAGAGCUGGCUCAACCUGUGGAACAGGUAUCUACUGAAGAAUCCGUCCUACCUGUUUUCGAAGAUCGUAGUCUACCCGUUCAGGAAGAGCAGACCCCAGACCCUGUUUUCACCGACGCGAAUGAAACCCAAACUCCCAGUGCGAAUCAACCAGAAGCGGAAGAACUAUCCCGCAGCUUGAAAGAGAUUGAGAAGCCAAUUGAAGAGUCUGCUCCAGAGGCCCCUCUCGAUCACACCACCACUCAAAGUCCUGAAAUACCCAAAGAAGACACCGAAGGCGAAGACAACUUUGAAGAGGCUGUUGAAGAACAGAUGCCACAGCCCGCCGAAGAGAAGGAGGAGCCUGUACCUGAGCCUCCCAUUGAAGUGGCUGCAGAUUCCCCCGCAGAGGCUUCGGAAACAAAGGCGGAGAAGCGGAAAAACAAGAAGAAUCGCAAAUCCACUACCGUCGAAGAGCCUGAGAUUUCCGCUGAAACGUCCGCUCCCGAGACUGAAUCCCAGCCAGAAAUCAAACAGCUCGAACCUGAGCAAUCAGUUGUUGUCGAUCCUGCGGAUACCCAAUCCCCUCCAAUUGGCGGUGAAGCCUUAGCUUCUGAUCUUAAACAUCUUGAACAACCGGCCAAGGAUGUCGACCAACACUUCGAACCCACCGCUGAAGGGCCUGCAGCUACCCAAGAGCAGGAGCAAGUCCCAUUGGAGGCCGACGUGGAUGUAACACCUGUCGCGACCGACCCAGUGGGACCCACGGGGCCAUCCGAUGAACUGUCAGAGCCAGUCGUCGUCGAGGAUCAGCCUAAGGCUGAAUUCCCCGAUCCUGCUGAGGAUGCUUCUCGUGAAAUCCCACAGACUUCUGCUGUUGAGACCCAACCCGAAACUGAAGUUCACGCUGACCCUCAAGUUGAAGUUGAAGCCGAGCCUGAAGUCGCCUUGACUGCGGCUCAGAAGAAAAAGGCCAAGAAGAAUAAGAAGAAGGGCAAGCAGAGUGAAUAUUCUAUUCCUGACGACGAGAAGCCUGCUGAGUCUACUUCGCUGGCACCUGAAAUUGAGACUUCCGCCGAAGAUAUAGCCAAGGAAACCCCUCUUAUUACUGAAGAGGCACCGGUGGAUGCGCCUCAGCAAGUAAGCGAGAUGAAACUGCCCGUCGAAGUCAAACAAUUGCUUGAGCCCGAACAACUCCCUGAGCCUGAACAAAUUUCUGAGGUUGAACCGCCCCAGGGAGAACUAUCUCCUGGCCCUCUUCCAGAACCAAUGGCAGAGGUAAUAGAGGCAGAGACACCCAAGGAAGAGCCCAUCGCACCAGAGGAGCAGCCCAAAGCUGAAGAAACUCCUGCCGAGCCGGAGGUCCCUAUGACCGCCGCGGAGAGGAAGAAGGCGAAGAAGGCGAAGAAGAAGCAGCAGCAGCAGCAGCAGCAAAAUGAGCAAGAAGACAGCAUUGGAUCUGUUCCUGAAGACAUCAAGCCCGUUGAGACUGUGCCUACGCCCGAUGUCGAAUCCGCCGAGUCAAGCAAGGAUAUUGCACCUGCUGCGGAAAUUGAUGAUGUUGCCCUAGUGGACCUCCCUGCAGCUGUGUCUUCCGAGCAUGCUGAGACCGAACCGGAUUUUGCGCUUACAUCCACAAACGAGCCCGAGGCGGCUCCAGUCACUGAAGAUCCUCUUCUGCCAAUCAAUAGCCAGACUAUCGAGCUAACCAGACAUAUCGAUCCUCCCGCUGAGGCCGAGCUCCCGGUAGAAGCCGCUGCCCCAUCGUCUCAAAUUGAGGCCUCCGAAGCAAUCGCCAAUGUUCCACUUGUAUUGGAAGAGCUCGCCGCUCCUGUCCAACAGGUCGAUGCCUUUAAGCCAGAGGAGCCGAAGACUGAGGAUACGACCCCUGCGCCGACAGAGGAACCUUCGGUUGACGUUGCAGAGAUCGAUGCCCCCAAAGAACAAGAACAAUCCCCUGAACCCGAGAUUUCAAUGACUGCUGCCGAGAGGAAGAAGGCUAAGAAAAACAAGAAGAAGCAGCAGAAGCAAGAGUCCGUGCAGCUUGAUGAGCAGCCCACGCGUGAGGCUGAGCCUACUUCUACUGAGGAAAAGAGUGGUGAAAUUGUGCCCGAGACUGAGGCCUCUCCCGCCGGAGAAGCUGUUGCGGGUGUUGAUGAGCCCUCAAAAUCCGAGGCAGCCUGCGACCUUGAACCCGAGACCACGGAACAAGCUCAGGAUGUGGCAAUUAUUGACUCCGAACUUGCUCCCGAGGCACCCACAGACGAGCCUAUUUCUACCCCAGAGAUUGCUGAACAAGCUAUUGAUGUUCAAUAUGUAGACAAGGAAUCUGUCCCAGAGCAUACGGUUGAAGUUUCUUCCACGGAAGAGCCCCAGGAAGAACAAAAGCUUGAUUCAGCCGUCAGCGAGGAGCCUGCCUUAGACAAGCCUCUCGAUGAGAAGCCCGCAGAGUCUGCGACAGAGCCAGUUGUGGAGGAGACUCAGCCUGCGGAGUCCACACCAAGUCCAGUGGUGGAUCAGGGAGAAGAUGAACAGUCGGCAACUUCUUCCAAGUCGAAGAAGAAGAAAAAGAACAAGAAGAAUCGCCAAUCAGUUGCCGCUGAAGAGGAACAGCCUGCACUCGCUGAGGAGGAGUCCAAUGUUGUCCCUGCCGAGGAAGAGGUUAAGCUUGCCCCCGCCGAAGACGAGCCUGCACCUGUGCCUGCCGAGAGUGAAUCCACUAAACCGCCAUCUCAACAGCCUGAACAGCCUUCUCAUAAAGACUGGGAGACUGCUAUUGUGACGGAAGAGGCGCCUAGGGCCGAAGAGCCCUCCCCGGGAGAGACCACGCAGCUAGAGGCCCCUGCCGAUGCUCCUGUUGAUUCAGCCGCUAUUGAGGCCGCUGAAGAGGCAUCAAUGACUCCUGCACAGAAGCGGAAGGCUAAGAAAGAUAAGAAAAAGCGUCAAUCAGUUGCCGCGGAAGAGGAGCAGCCUGCACCCACCGAAGAAGAGCCUAGACCUGUGCCUGCUGAGAGUGAACCCACCGAACUAACGCCAUCUCAAGAGGGUGAACAACCUUCUCCUGAUAAAGACGCGGAGACUGCUAUUACGACGGAAGAGGCGCCUAGGGCCGAAGAGCCCUCUCCGGAAGAGACCGCGCAACUAGAGGCUCCUGCCGAUGCUCCUGUUGAUUCAGCCGCUAUUGAGGCCGCUGAAGAGGCAUCAAUGACUCCUGCUCAGAAGCGGAAGGCCAAGAAAGAUAAGAAAAAGCGUCAAUCAGUUGCCGCGGAAGAGGAGCAGCCUGCACCCACCGAAGAAGAGCCUAGACCUGUGCCUGCUGAGAGUGAACCCACCGAACUAACGCCAUCUCAAGAGGGUGAACAACCUUCUCCUGAUAAAGACGCGGAGACUGCUAUUACGACGGAAGAGGCGCCUAGGGCCGAAGAGCCCUCUCCGGAAGAGACCGCGCAACUAGAGGCUCCUGCCGAUGCUCCUGUCGAUUCAGCCGCUACCGAGGCCGUUGAAGAGGCAUCAAUGACUCCUGCACAGAAGCGGAAGGCUAAGAAAGAUAAGAAAAAGCGUCAAUCAGUUGCCGCGGAAGAGGAGCAGCCUACACCCGCCGAGGAGGAGUCUAAGGCCGUUCCCACUGAGGAAGAGGUCAAGCUUGCACCCGCCGAAGACGAACCCACACCUGUGCCUGCCGAGAGUGAAUCCACUGAACUAGCGCCAUCUCAAGAGGUUGACCAGACUUCUCCCAAUCAAGUCGCGGAGAUCCCUAUUGUGACGGAAGAGGCGCCUAAGGCGGAUGCCUCCCUAGAAGAGACUUCGCAGCCAGAGGUCUCUGCCGAUGUAGCCGCCACCGAGGCGGCUGAAGAGGCAUCAAUGACUCCUGCCCAGAAACGGAAGGCCAAGAAAGAUAAGAAAAAGCGCCAAUCCGUUGUUGCCGAAGAGGAACAGUCUAUGCCUCUUGAGGAGUCCAAGCCUGAACUAGCCAAGGAAGAGGUCAAACUUGCACCCGCCGAAGAGGAGACCACGCCGGAAUCUGUCCAGAGAGAGCUCGCGGAGCCUAACUCGGCUCCGGAAAACGAACAGCCCACUGUCGACAAAGAUGCACAGACUCCUAUUAUGACAGAAGAAGCGCCUAAUAUCGAAGAGCCAUCUCCGGAAGCGACUUCUCAGCCAAAUGCUUCUGCUGAUGCAGCCGCCACUGAGGCUGCCGAAGAGGCAUCAAUGACUCCUGCUCAAAAGCGGAAGGCCAAGAAAGAUAAGAAAAAGCGCCAAUCAGUUGUCGCCGAAGAGGAACAGUCUGUGCCUCUUGAGGAGUCCAAGCCCAGACUAGCCGAGGAAGAGGUCAAACUUGCACCAGCCGAAGAGGAAUCUAAGCCUGAAUCCGCCCCAGAAGAGUCCACUGAGCCUGAGCCGACUCAUGAAUCCGAACAGCCAAUUGUCGACAAAGAUGUGCCGCCUCCUAUUAUGACAGAAGAGGUGCCCAGUGCCGAAGAGCCCGCUCCCGAAGAGGGUCAACAGCAGGAUGCAGCUGCUACCGAGGCCGCCGUGGAGGAGACAACGACUGCCGCACAGAAAAAGAAGGCCAAGAAGGACAAGAAGAAGCAACGCAAGUCUGUUGCUUUUAACGAUGAUGUCACUCCAGCCGAACAGCUGAAUCUAGAGCAGGGUUCCCCUGUACCUGAAGACAAGGUUAAAUCUCAAGAUGCUCCGGCUGAGUUGGUUAUCUCUGAAGAAUCAGCCAAGGUGCUGUCAUUGACUGAAGAAGUCCCCGAGACUGCUGCUGAAGGGAAAGUCUUGGAGAAGACAGAAGAACCCGCUUCCUUGGAACAAAACAAGGAGAUCACCGAGAAUGAGCCAAUCUCAACUGCUGCGCCCGGUAGCAUUUCUGUUGAAGUCGAGGGGACAAAUUCCGCAGCGGAGUUGCCAGAGCAGCCGGAACAAGAGUCCCAGACUCCCUCAGAGCCCCAGUCGCCAAGUGCACAAGAGCCCGAAGUUGCCUUGACUGCGGCGCAAAAAAAGAAGGCGAAGAAGAAUAAGAAGAAGGCCAAGUCUACAGACUUGGCCGACACCGCCCCUGCUGCCACAGACGCAGCGCAGGAAUCUGAGCCUAAAUCUGAGCCCAAAUCCGAGCCCAUUGUUCAAACUUCGACUGAUGCUCCGGCUGAGCCCCCAGAGUUGCAAAAUUAUUUAUCCUCUGAGCCAGCACAGCCCGCAGAAGUCCUGGAGCAAGAAAAUACGAUCGAGCCUGAGGCUCCUAAGGCGGAGGAACUCGAGGCAACAGGAAGCGUAUCUGACGAUGUGCCAGAGGAAACUCCUGGCGUCGAGGAGACCGGCAAUGAGCCACUGGCCACUGAAGUGAUUGUCGAUGCCGAGCCAACUCACUCCCAGAAAGCAGAGGCGAUUACCUCUGCUGCUGCUGAGCCGACCGAAGAAGAAGCUGGUAUGUCAACCAAGGAGCGACGCAAAGCUGCCAAGAAAGCGAAGAAACGCCAGUCCAAGAAUGUCGACGCCGAUAACGACGCCGCAACAUCCGAUUCGCCCUCUGCCCCGGCGACCGAGCCUGCUACACCCAUUGAAGCGGUCAACAGCGUCGAAAAGGUCCUCACCUCGACGGACACAGACGCUCCUGGACUUUCAGCCGUACCGGCGUCCUCGCCUGCGGAACAUGACGGUAAAGAAAAUCAGUCCCACGCCAUAGAAACUUACGACGCCACGGCGCAAGAUACGGCCUCGACUGAUAAAUACAUGUCUUCGCAGGUAGAGCAGACGCCGAUAGAGAGUCCUUUUUUAGAUUAUCCUCCCCAGCCCGUGCUUGAGCGUUCAGUUGAUUCCGGCGAGUUGGUGGAGGUAAAUGCUCAGCAGGAGGGCGAUCUCGCCCCAACUGCACGGGAGCCAGAGGGGGUUGUUGAUGGUGAGAAUGUUGAGGAGAAAUCGUCUGUGCCGGAAGCAGGCGAUCUUUCCGCGGAGAAAGAGAUUGAAGAGACGCCUGUGGAUACGCCGAUUGAUGUUGUUACUGAGGCACAGACACAAGAAUCGCCUGUGGAGGAGGAAGCUUCUGAGACAGCUGUCUCGAAGAAGCAGAAGAAGAAAAACAAAAAGAAAAGCAAAAAUCAAGAGGAGGAAGCUGCAGCCCCUGAGCCUGAGAUCUCUACCAUAGAGGAAAAGGAGCAACCUGAAGCUGCGCCUUUGGUUGAGGCCGAGCCCCAGCCGGAGGUAAAGGAACUCAUUGAGCCUGAGCUUAUUGUUGAGGCCCAACAAGUUCCAGUUCCAGUUCCAGUUCCAGUUCCAGUUCCAGUUCCAGAGGAGCAACCGGCAGAUUAUUCACAGGGAAUCGAAGAGCCUGCCAUUGUCCUGAUAACCGAGGAUAUUGAUGACACCAAAGAAAUCAGUGUCCCGGAAGUCGAGGCCGUUGCUCCUCCUACUGAAGAGCUAGACACAACCGCUGCUCCAAAGAAAAAGAGCAGGAAGGACAAGAAGAAGCAAGGCCAAUCAAUUCUUGCUCAAGAACCCGAGGCCGAGGCUGCAACGGAGUCAGCUCCUGGCGAGAUUGUCACGCAAGAUGAGCCUGUCACUGGCGCAGAUGAGCCUACAGUGCAGCCUGUUGAUGCCGUCGAGGACGCCGCAAAGGACGCCGCAAAGGAUCUGGUAACGUCUUCUGAGGACACCGAACAACAUAUUCCAAGCCAAGAAAUAGAAAGCGGAAAGCACUCCCUUGAACUUCCAUCCACUGAAUCGAAGAUUGAGGAAGAAGACAAGCCGAUCGAGGAAGCUACCGAAACACCGGCAGAGAUCCCAGAUGACAAGCAGCCUAGCGAACAAGCGCCGCCUGAAGCUGCCCCUGAGCCAGAAGUGGAAUCCGCGACUGUCCCCAAGAAGAUGAGCAAGAAAGAGAAGAAGAAGGCCGCCGCCGCCGCCGCCGCCCUUCUGGAGGAAGAAAAACUUGUCGAGUCACAGCCUGCACCCGAGGAGCCCUCAACAAUUACUCCCCAACCCCUAGGGGAAGUGGUGGAGCAGCAUAUCGCUCAAGAGCCGCAGCCGUCAGAGACUGAGGACAAGCCUCAAUAUGAGGUAGAGAAGAGCAUUGACGAAAUGGCAGGACUGACAACUUCCGAGCCGAAGGAAGAUGUCCUGGAGCAGCCUGUUGAGGCACCCAAUUCUACCGAGCCUCUCGAAUUUGAGGAGAAACCCGAGGGGUUUACAAAAGAACUAGUUGAGGAGCCAUCUGCGGUCGAUACUAUUACUCGGACGAUGUCAAAGAAGGACAAGAAAAAGGCCAAGAAACAAGGCAAGCAAGAAGUUAUUGAGCCGACUUCCCGUCCGACCGAUGAUCAUAUCCCUACCACCGAGCCUGCAACUGCAGAGGAUGCUCCUGAACCGGAGGCAACUAUUGAGGAUACCCUAACAGAGCUUGUCCCUACCACCGAUCUCGCGACUACAGAAGCUGCUAUUGAGCUAGAGGCGACUCCUGAUGAGACCCCAACUGAGACUGUUCCUGAGCCUGAGUCCAUUGCCCGGGAAGAACUCCAGGAGGCCCCUAAGCCCGAGCCUGAGAGCAUCGAGACGCCAGCUCUCGAAGGAUUUAGCAUCGUAUCGGAAGACAAACAACCACCAGAAAAGGAAAACAAUGAGGCAGUCGUCUCUCUGGACACACUUGAUACGACAUCACCCGCAGAACCCACUGGCCAAGACACCAACAGUGAGCCCCUUGACCUCGAGGCUCCUGCUGAGCACAACGACAAGGAAGAUGAGGCUCAAGUUGGGGCCGAUGCACGAAACAUUGAGAAAACAGCUGAUCUCGAGGUCGCCGAGAGCCUCAUUAAAGACCAAACCGGAGAAACUGAAGUGAUGCAGGCUCUCUCCAAGAAGAUAUCAAAGAAGGACAAGCGCAAGGCCAAGAAGAGUGCUGGAGUCAACAAAGAAGUCUCGACUGAACAACAAGAAGAGACACAAGCUGAUGUGGCUGAGCUGCCCACAGAAUAUGAGAUCCAGCCGACAGAGCCUGUCGUGGAGCAAGCAAUUCUCAAGGAACCUGAACAUGCUGCAGAACCUCAGCCUAGACCGGAGCGAGAGUUGCCAAUUGAGGGCCCCCUUCCGGUUGAACACCAGCCUAUACUCGAGUCAGAAGUUCAGGCUGAGCCUACGCAACCCGACGCAGAACCCGUUGUUGGCGAGGAACUUCCUCUUUCACGCAAGUCCUCAAAGAAGAAGGCCAAGAAGGCCCAAAAGGCUAACAAAUCCCUGGAUAUUGAGCCUCCGGCUGAAAAUGCGAUUGACGCGGACCAGCAUGCCACCAUUGUGCCAUUCGAAGAUGACCACUCCAAGGCACAAGUCACAGAAAUGCCAGACGAUAAUUUGCCCCACGAAGAAGACUGGCCGGCAAUUGACUGGCAGGCCAAGUUCGAAGAGUCCCAGAGAUUAAGAGAAGCGGAGCCUGACCCUGAGCCGGACAUUCCACCUCCCGAGCCGGAGAUUAUUGGAGAAUUUGUUGAAUCUUCAUUCCCCGAGGUAUUGGAAGAGGUAGAAGAAGCUCCAGAGGAAGAUUCUUGGGCCUUGCUGAGCAAAAAAGACAAGAAGAAGGCCAAGAAGAACAAGAAGCAGUCACAAGAAGCUGCACCGGAACCCGAGGAGCCUUCCCUGGAACCCUUGAAUGACAAAGAGAUCGAACCGCCUGCUCGAACGACUACUCCCGGUGGAUCUAAGAUUGCCAACUUAUUUCCCGGCCUCGAGCGUGCGGGAUUUCGGCGAUCAGCUUUGGACCAGCCAACACCGUCGCUAAAAGAUAGUGCUGAGGAUGAGACAACAAAGUUGGAAGCGAAUCGCGAUAUCGCGAUCCCUGUCUCGGAAGCACCCCUAGCGACCACUGAAACCAAAGAAAUUCGCCAAGAUUUCACCUCUGAGCUGCCCAGCAGACUUGAAAGACAAAUUGAGGCUACAAUCUCGGAACUGAGCGCUCACUCCGAACCUCCUACUACUACGGAGAAUGAUUCAACCAGGGAGCCAGACCUGCCGACGCAAGGCGAAAGGUCCUUGGAUGCCCCAUUGAUGUUGUCAAUGAAGCCCUCCAAUGAACGGACUCGUACCGAUGAACCUUCUUCUCCUACGCAUCUUCCACCCCGGGCGGAAGCUGGAGAGGAACUUUGUGAACUACGCCGAUCACCAUCAAUCCAUGGACGGCACCAGCAUCCACCCCGAACAUGGAGUUUGGAUGAACCUUCUCUACCAGCUCUUGCCCCAUCACCUCCUCGAUCACUCUUUGGACCGAUUGACGAUGUGCGACCUCGGACUCCGCUUGAUACAAUUGCGGAACAAGAACCACGGGGUGAUCAGGGAGGGACGGCUCGUCGGACUCCCCGUCUGGAAAUGAAGCCCGAACAUGUCUUACCUCGACCUCAAACACCAGUCCGGAAAUUUACAGACAAUGCCUUUGAUCGAGAAGCUUGGCCCACAGACAAGGAUUUCAAAGAAAUUCCCAAGACACCUGAAGGGCCAAUUUUAAAGCCAAGCACCAGCAGUGGAAAAUUACGUCGUACAAAUCGCAGUAUUAGUGGCGAUCUGCGGGCGGCUAGUCGAGCACUAGAUUCCCAGCCUUCACUCGAUCUCGAUCAGCUCCCGUCUUCCUCCUCUUAUGACCCCGUCACCGACAAGGGCAAACGUCCGCUGCGAAAUAUGUCGGAUGUCUAUGAGGGAUGGGGUGAGACGCCCAAUUCCCCACGGUCGCCCAGCCGACCGCCUAGUGUCCGACGCCGUCGCAGCAUGCAACACUUACAAGACAUCGAAACUCGCCUCGACCAGCUCAUCUCCGAGAACCGUCUACUGAUCGCCGCCCGCGAUGAAGCCGAACAUAAGCUUAAGAAUUCCAGCGUCGCCCGUCGAAAGAGCGACCGUGCGCUCAACACCCGCGACGGCGAUCUGCGCGAUCGGGAAUCAGAGGUGGAACAGUUGAAGAACUCGGUGGAAUGGCUUCAGAGGGAGACGACUCGUCUGACCCAAGAGAACGAGGGGCUGACUGCAUCCAACUCUGCUCUCGCCGCCGCCCACGCCGCCGAGGUCAACACCGUGCGCGAGUCGUCCACACGCGAACUGGCCGAGUUGCAGUCACAACACACCCAACUCUCGUCCCAGAUGGAAGAUCGAGUUCGACAAGAGAUUGAGUCGGCUCUUGCGCAAAAAGACAUUGAAUUGCGCCGUCUGCGCACGGAACUUGAGGAGGCUCGUGAUAAGGUGAAGGAGCUUCAACAACAAAUUGCAGCCUCGGUACAUGACAAUGCCCUUGUCUUCCGUGAUGAAGAGUACUUCGAUGCUGCCUGCCAGAAGCUGUGUGGCCAUGUCCAAUCUUGGGUCGUGCGCUUCUCCAAGCACAAUGAUAAGCGUCGCUGCCGCCCACUCAGUGAGUUGCAGGAUGAAAAGAUCGCAGACCGUUUCGACAAUGCCCUUCUCGACGGCUCCGAUCCCGAUGCCUACCUAUCCGAUCGUGUCCGCCGCCGCGAUGUCUUUAUGUCGGUGGUCAUGACGAUGGUCUGGGAAUACAUCUUCACCCGUUAUCUCUUCGGCAUGGACCGGGAGCAACGUCAAAAACUCAAGUCUCUUGAAAAACAAUUGGGCGAGGUGGGCCCAACCCGUGCUGUGCAUCGCUGGCGAGCCACCACUCUAACACUGCUGUCCCGGCGACCAGCGUUUGCUGCACAACGUGAGAGCGAUACGGAGGCUGUUACUCUGGAGAUCUUCCAAACCCUAUCGCGGGUCCUCCCUCCUCCGUCUCAUGUUGAAUCUCAGCUCCUGGAUAAUCUCCGCAAGAUCAUGCGAGUAGCAGUCAGCCUGUCCUUGGAGAUGCGCACCCAGCUGGCUGAAUUCAUCAUGCUGCCGCCUCUGCAGCCUGAAUAUGAUACCAAUGGCGACCUUGCACGCCAAGUGUACUUCAACGCAGCCCUGAUGAAUGAGCGCAGUGGUUUGACAAACGACAACGGCGAGCUCGAAGCUCAACAGUCCAUUGUGCGCAUUGUGCUCUUCCCUCUUGUUGUCAAAAAGGGCAAUGAUGUGGGGGAGGGUGAUGACGAGGUUGUCGUCUGCCCUGCUCAAGUCCUCAUUGCCCGCCCCAGCAAAGACAAGAAAAUAUCAAGGAUGAUGAGCGGCGACCGCAUGUCCAUCGAUGCUUCCAAGUCGGUCCACAGUGUUGCACACAGUGUGGCACCAUCAUCUAUGAUGGACAUGAGCAAUGUGAUCUGA